AAAAAUUGGUAAAAUAUUUGGCCAACAUGGAAGCAUCAUGGAAAUAGAGUAGUAAAAAAAAAAAGAGAAAGAAAUAUGCUUACACUAGUAUUUAUUUUAAUGUUUUGUGGGUUGUUACCCCUUACGCAAUGUAGAAGACACAAGUACAAUCUUGUGAAUGAUGACAGAAGACAGUUCACCCUGAGCACAUUCGGCUUUUUAAAGAAAGGAACUCUGAACGUGAAUAUGAGCAGAUUCUCAUUCAAGAAUAAUGGACAGGGGCUCUUGUCAGACAAAGUGGUGAUGUUUGGAUUUACUUUAGACAAGAGUGGAAAUUCAGGUGUAUCUCAGUAUCUGGAAGGUAUUCGCAGUAACUGCUCUCUGUUUGAUGAAAAAGACAGUGAAGAUAAGGGUAUAUCGACGGUGUUCAUCAAAAUUGAUACUCGAAAAAAAAAGCUAACCUUUGAAAGGAAAGGCAAAACCAUAAAACAUCUGAUGAUCUCCAAUGACAGUCGUACAGACAAACUGACUCGUCGCGACACCAGUACGUUUGGGGAUAAGCUGACAAAAGUACUCAGUGAUGCAUCAUUGCUGUCGCCACGGCGCCACCUGUUGUCAGAGACCCAAAACACCACAGAAAAUGAAACAACAGUGCCAGUUACGGUGCCCAGUACAACAGUUGCUAGCAGUAAUGACGUCACUCACGAGUUUCCCUUAAAAGAAAUUGAGAAGGGUGUUUAUAGUGCAAAUUUUCUGGUUACUGUAACAAGAAAUGAGGAGGAAGGGCUAUACAAUCUCAUCUUUCACAACUGCUGGAACUAUAUAAAGAACAGGGAGAUAGUUGUUAACCUGACACUGGAGAUCACGGAAGACAACAAUGGAAACUUCUUGUCAGCUGGUGAAAUUCCUGAACCUGCUAUGUUUUUUGCAUUCAGUAUCGCAUUCUUCAUAGCUUCAAUGGUGUGGAUCAUUGUCCUUAAAAAGUCAGGAAGUGAUGUGUACAAGAUCCAUUACUUGAUGUUUGCUGUCAUUUUUGUCAAGAGUAUAUCUAGUAUGUUCCAUGGGGUGAACAGUUCCUUUAUUCAGCAUAACGGGGUCCAGGAAGAAGCGUGGGCCAUCCUCUACUACAUUGUCUAUCUAAUCCGAGUGGCGCUGAUGUUCAUUACCAUAAUCCUGAUCGGGGCUGGCUGGGCGUUUAUCAAGCACAUGUUAAGUGACAAGGAGAAAAAACUCUUCCUCAUUGUCAUUCCACUUCAGAUCUUGGAUCAGAUAGCCUGGUUAAUUCUGGAGGAGAGUGAGGAGGGACAGAUGUCGUAUUCGACAUGGAAGGAGAUAUUCAUUCUUGUUGACCUUCUCUGCUGUGGUGCGAUACUCUUCCCUGUUGUUUGGUCAAUCCGCCAUCUUCAGGAAGCCUCAGCAACAGAUGGGAAGGCUGCAAUCAAUCUAAAUAAACUAAAGUUAUUUCGACAGUUUUAUAUUUUGGUUGUUUCUUUUAUUUAUUUCACAAGAAUUGUAGUUUAUUUACUAAAGAUAGCUUUACCAUUCCGGUAUGAGUGGCUGACCGAGAUGUCUCGUGAGUUGGCAGUUCUGGUGUUCUUUCUCGUCACCGGCUACAAGUUCCGGCCUGCCUCUGACAAUCCUUACCUUCAGGUGCCCCAGGAGAGUGAUGAUGAAAUCGAGAUGGAGGAAGUACUGACAAAAACUGGAUCGACGGAGUCAGUUGUGAAAGUGAACCAGAGGAAUUCUGAGAGCACGGAGAACCUGAUGAAGCAGCGUGAGAGUAGUCACGAGUACGACUGACGGACGCACGGACUCAUGGAUACGUUGCAGGGACCCCAGCGUUCAGUUACACAAACAGACAACUCAUUGCAAUGCGCUUUUAUAUAACAUACAAUCAUGAGAAACAAGAGAUUAUUACAUGAGUGGGAGUGACAUUCACAAUUUAUUAAAUAGGUUUGAUAACGAAAAGUGUGCAUAGAGAUUAUUACAUUAGUUUGUGUAUCAAGCACCUAUUAUAUAUUCCCACGCAGAAAUUAUAGGAAUACAACAGUUAUCAAACCAGGUUAAUAAAUUUGUAUAUGGCACCCAUGUUAAUGUGGUGAUUUAUUUAUCCUCGGAACAUCUUAUGCAUGUGAAAGCUUUAUUGCAGUGAUCGUACCAAUUUAUGGCACUGUUUAUUUUUAAAUAUGACUUCUAACCACUUGAGUAUGAUGUGUGAUGACUAAACUUGUUUAAUUUUGAGUUUCAUUGUUAAAGUGUUUAUUUUUGGUCAGAGGGAUAUAAAAUAUAAAACUUGUAAAAUAUAAUUGUUAGACUUUUUCAUCCAUACUGGAAGCUGUUUUUGUUUUAACCCAUGUUAGAAUUAGGGUGGCAGUUCCAGAUUUUGUGUACUAACUGUAAAGUUAAGUUGUCUUAAUAUUUGUGACAAGUUGUUUAAUUUUGAUGGUGAUGACUGUUGCAAUUAUGUGAAUACGUUUUAAACUACAUUUUGUCAAAUGUUAUUUAUUUUUGUGAAUUCUUAAAGUUAUUGACCAUAGUGUGUAAGCAUUGUUAAAUAUGUUUGGUGAUUACAGCUUUUUCCACCCUAUUAAUUUACACACUGUUUCAUUGUGUUUCUGGGUGUCCUGGUUACUAUAGUAACUUGAAAUGCAUUUUAUACGUAACGGUAUGCACUUGUCAAACAAGUGUCGGCAGCUUUAACAGUGCACUUGUAUUUAAGUAGUUGGCCUUUUUUCCAUUAACCCGAUGCUUUGCACAAUUUCUCAUGAGAGUCCAUAUCUGCAUUUUUUGCCAGCAGAUUACUAUACAUUAUUUGACAUUACAGUGUACAUAAAAAGGAAACGUCUUCACCAAGUGGAAAACUCACGCAUGGACAAAAUUGCUCAUUGAUCAGCCUUUUUUUCUGUGUGGAAACCUAUAUGAAAAAUAUUCUGUGUACCAGUAUAUGCUGUAUAUCAAUAAAUUUGCUUGCAGAACCAAGUUAAUGCAAAACAGGCCAUAGAAAUAAAGAACGUGAAUUUAUCAUGUGCACUGUGAAUCUUUGUUUUAUAAUGUCUUGUUAUUGAUUUUUAAAUUUGAUGUCAAAUCUAACUGAAAUGUAUACUGUUCCAAUUGUCGUUCCAUUCAUGUGUAGAUAAAGCCGCGUUAUAGUGUAGUCUGAUUAAUGUAGGUGAGAGGAGGGUAGGCUUCCACCGUUAAACAUUGGGAUGGGGUUUAUCACAAGGAUGCUGACAUGGAUUAAAAAAAAAAAUUACAUACAGAUAGUGUAUUUGACAAAAUUAAUGGGGAAUGAAACCCAUUCUCCACCCAUUCCCCUAUUCCUCACCCAUUCCAUUGUCCCUGCUAAGAAUGCAUAUGUUAAGUAGGUUGAUAUAUUGUCAGAAUGUUUGGAGUAUUUUCUGAAGGUGCUUGUAAAAAAGGUAUUAAAACCUACUUGUACAAGAUUGAAUCAUCAGAAUGUCAAGUGUCUAUAUUUGAUGAAUUGUGCUCCUACACAUCAGUAUUAAAUUUUAAGACGAUAAAUUGUGGUCCUGUUUAAUAAUUAAAGUAUGUUUAAAACCAGUGAACCAUGUAGUUAUUAACAAUGAAAAUGCGUGAAGAAAAACUUGAUUUAAACUGCAGUUACAUAUUAAAACUCAUCUUUCUUAGGUUUUACUGAUAAUACAUGUACUUAAUUUAUUCUAUGAUUCAAAAAAUAGUUUAGUCUAUGAUCAAACACAUUGUCUAUAUGGACAUAACAUUCUGUGUUUUUUGACAGACGUUUAGGUUUUCUCAUAGAUAUCUAACUCGUCUACGCAUCAAGUAGCUCCCUUCAGCUUUAUUCCAUUCUAGAAAGGGUUUUACUUAUAAUUUAGUUUUUACAUUUAAUCUUAAUAUAGUAAUAAAGACAUUUAUAACCGUGCAAUAGAAAAAUAUUUUAUUGAACAUGUAUACCUAGCCAAGAAUGACGUCAUGUUUAUUGCCAGGAUGCUUGGUGUUCAUUAAAUUCCAUAAAAUUCAACCAACUUUCAUAUCGAAGUAAGUUGUGUUAUUUAAUUAAACUUUUGUUAAUCAUAAUAUUGAAUAUUGAAAAAUGGUAUGUAAUAAAUACAGAACCAGAUACCACCUGUUUUUUCAUGUUAUUUAUUGCACUUGUUUAUAGUACACAAGAUGUGUACCACUCGAAUGCUACGUGGUCUCGUGGUAUAAUAUUCUUGCAGAAUAUAAUAAACUCAUGCAAUAAAUAACAUGGCAAAAAACUAGUAUCAUAUGUGGUUCUGUCUAUAUACCACCUGGAAUUAGUAAGGCCAGUCGUUUUUGAUUAAUAGGUUUACGGAUCCGCCGAAGUUCAUUAAAAAGUCCCGCUGGAAAAAUAAAAAUGCAAACCUACAUUUUUUUAUUUUUUUUACCGCCGUUCUGACCAAAAA